GGGACCCGCAACGCGCAUUCCGGUUUGGCUUGGAUCGAUCGUCCUUAAAUCGACUUUCUGCGGAUGGACGAUAAAGCUUGCCAAACGCACACUUCGCAGCAUUGCAGCAUUUACCCUCCCCUUUUUUUCAAAGCUGGCCUCGUUCCCGCUUGCCGGCUGCUAUAGUGUGUAUAUGCAAAUGAAAGUUCACAGCAUAUCCAAACGAGACUGCACCAAUCGCGUGUAGGCAAGUUCGUUCCACCGCUGGCCAGGAUGCUGAAUAUCCUGCGGUACGACCACUCCCUGCCGAAGGUGAAGGGCCUGAUUCUGAGCAGUCCGUACGUGGACCCCGAGACGCAGGUGGACAUCAGCGAACUCCUCUACCAGACGGGCUUCGUCAGCGAGAAACAGGCGUCGGUCAUGAGGGCGCAGUUCCAGACAGUCCUCCAGCUCGUCCACCGGGACAACUUCACCGAGGCGAAGCGGGUCAUGGACACCGUCAUUGACGGCAGCUGGGGCCUGCCGGCGACGCUGUUCGAGAACAUGACGGGGCUGAGGCAGGCAUUCAACCUCGACCUGAGCACGGAUCCCCCCGAACUGGCGGCCUACCAAUCGUUCCUGGAGAGGCACGACGUGCGCGCCGCUCUGCACGUCGGGGACGUACCCUUCUCCGACGAUUAUUCCCUGGUCCAGAAGCACAUGUACUCGGACAUGAUGAGAUCGCAGGCGCGCAACUUCGGGGAGCUGCUCGACCAGGGCAUCAAGGUGUUGGUGUUCGGAGGCCAGAAGGACCUUCUGGUCCCGUUCAGUUCAGUGGAGCGCCUGAUGAGCAGGCUGGACUGGAAGGGCCAGCUGGAGUACAAGGCCACGGAGAGGACGCCCUGGAUGCUCGACCACUCCCGCGUCGGGGGUUACUUCAGACAAGUCCGCAACUACACCGAGGUCCUGAUAAGGGGCGCUGGCCACAUGGUACCUUUCGACAAGCCCAAGGAGGUGCUCACGCUAGUCAACAAAUUCAUCAAGAACCUUCCCAUUCAGGAGGCUCUUUGAUACAUAAUUAUGGUAAAC